AUGCCACUCUCACCGGUUUCGACCACGAACUCAGAGAGUCGCGACAGGGAGAACGUCGCCCACGAUCUCGUCGUCGAGACGAGACGGUUACUAAAGAAAUUGAAGGAAGCCGAGAAGAGAAACGUCGAGCUGGAGAAGGAAUUGGUCACGCUGAGGGCGCAACUGUUAGAGAAGGAAUUAGAGGCCAGGGCGCGAUCGAUCGAUCGUUUAAACGAGGAAUUGGCGCGGACGAGAGCGAAAGGAAGCGCGGCGGAGAAACGCGCGAGGGAAUCUGCGCCGGUCGCGUCUCCGAGCAAGCGGUCUAGGUCCGACGCCGAUGCGUUUCGCCCAAGGUUCGACGCCCGAGGGUCGCAUUGUCAACGCGCUCAGCCGAGCGCGAGAGGGCGCGGCUUCGGAUGGACUCAAGAAGAAAUGUGUUUCUUGGUGGAUUACCUGCGGCGCAAAGGGUGCGAGCAGUGUCCACUCACUUUCAGUAUCUCCUUGGUGGACGCCGAUUUGACUGAACGUUUGCAACGAGUGAGCGGAAGCGCGCGCACCGCAAAAGCGAUCCAACAGUUUUGGCGUGUGCGCGGUGAAUACGUUUGGCAGAGCGUUAUGAAUCGGAAACGACUUACAAAGUCGACGCCAAAUAACGAGACUCAAAUGCCUCGGUGGUCGGAUAAGGAACGACAAGUCCUCGUAGAGCACUUGGCUAAAACCAUGGACGUGGUACCCGGGGUAGGGCAUGUGCGCGGCCUGACGGUGACGCUCAGAGACGCGAAAUUGCCAGACGAACUUCGUCGCGUUAACCCGGCGGCACGUAGGACACCGUCAGCCAUUUUCAGCUACUGGAAAAAUAAUACGAAAGACCUCAGGCGAAAUUUGGAUAGUUUCUUACGCGACGGAGGGAAUCACAGAAACGAGCGUGCGAAGCAACACCAGAAGCAAGCAAAGACUCGGACGAAGCAGUGUCAUAAGCCAAGCGUACCUAUUUGCCACGACUCCGUGGCAACUGAAGGAGCUAUCAUCGACAACGGCACGCUCAAUCCGAAUCAGCUCAUAAGACUCAGAAAGACUGCGAAGAAAUUGACGCGUGCAGACGGAAAGACGGUUUACCAAGUGAUACCUGGCAUAAAUUUUUGUCAAAGGUGCAAGAGGACUCAAAACGACGGCGUGAAGUUCACACAGAGUAAUGCUAUGUGUGUGCGGUGCAGCGAACGUUGCAAGGAGCUCAGAGAGGCUCGGAAGUUAGGUGUGGAUCCGCGUAAAAAGCGGAAUGAAAAUCGGGUUCUGCCGCCGAUAGGUGAAGAUGGCAAGAGAGACUUGUUGAGGGUCGAGAGAAUUGAAAAAGCGCGUGAAAUGCGCAGAGCGAUCAUUGCCGGCGAUAUCGACCAGUUAAACGCGCUCAAAGCGCGUUUUGUUGAGGAAAAGAAGAAGUUUAGGAACAUGGUCGAAUGGGAUGCAAAGAUUUUUUGCGACGCUGCGGAGGAUAGCAAACAUCCAUUACGAGUCAUCAACUGGGCCUUGCUGAAUCAGCCGAAUCAAGACGAGAUCAACGAAGAUGCUGUGAAGUGUGCGAUCCAGCGAUGUCGCCAACAGAUUAACAUUCCUAUGGGUGAGGGGAUCCGUUACGUUCCGGCAGUCAAGGUGCUGAAACACCUGGUGAAGUGUGGCUUUCCCGUGACUUGCCAGGCGCUUCACACGGCGUGUGCUUUUGGAGAGUUGGAUUGCGUCAAGUAUCUGAGAGAGAACGUCCGAUGCUGCAACUUUAGCAAGUGGGAUAUCGAAUUCAUGAUGCCAAAUGGAGAACCCAACAAUCUAUUUGCGAUCGCGGCUCAAGAGGGCCAUGUGGAUGUUCUGCAGUACUUGUACGACAAUGACUGCGAUUUCUCCACCCAGGACUUGCAAGGUGCUAUGCAUUUGGCGAAGACUCGCAAGCCGAAGCGCGCCAAGGGAUUCGCCCAAGUAAAGGCGUAUCUCGAAUCUUUACCAGAAUGGGCAGAUAUGUUACGGGAUAUGGAAUGUGUGGUCAUCGAUUAG